AUGCCGCCAUGGGUCACCGCGCGCCUGUUGGUGCUAUUGCUGCUGCGUGCAUGCGGGCGCGUGAAACGAAGCGGGCUCAAGGUGGUCCUCACGCAUGUGUGGGCCCGCGUGGCCUCUGGAGCAGGAUGGUUCAGAAACUGCAAGGCAAUUCAUUCACCAUUUCGCAUGGCCACGCAGCAGGCUCAUGUCCAUACACAAGUAUACAACAUCAGAUCACAACCUUCUAAAUCGUCAGAGAUGACUACUAACAGCACGUCUAGUCUUCUAAGCACAUUGCCCAAGGAUAUACCAGCAAGCUUCCUGAAGCAAAUCACAAAAGAUUUCUCUCCUGAGCUAGAACUUGGUAAAGGUGCAUUUGGAACAGUCUACCAGGGAAUUGCGGAGAAUGGGGAAAUGAUUGCUGUGAAGAAACUUGGGGAAAAUUGUCCUGUGGCGGACAAAACAUUCAGUAAUGAGGUCUGUAAUCUUAUGGCAACCCAACAUGAAAAUAUUGUGAAGUUGGUGGGCUACUGUCAUGAAUCACAGAAGAAGGUGGUGCAGCACAAUGGAAGAUAUAUCAUUGUAGAUAUAGCUGAAAUUUUUCUCUGCUAUGAAUAUCUACCUAAGGGAAGCCUUGACAAUUAUCUAUUUGGUAUGUACAUGUACUACAAUAUUCGACAGCAUUCGCCACUAUUUAAUUCCUUUAUUGCAUCCUAUUGA